UCUUCUCGUCUCUCAUUAAGCUCAGUCACUUAACAACACUCUGAAUAGCUCACAUGCAAACAUUCACAUUCAAGAGGAGACCUAUCCACCUACAUUCCCCAUUAGCUUUCUUUUUUUUCAUUUUCUCUUUAGCUCUGAUCGUCUCUGGUGUGAGCUCUCGUGUCUUAAGUCCAGUCCCUCUAAAUAACCCCAUAUUGAUCUCUGAUGGAGUCCAUGACGCCUCGGAUGACAAGUUUCUCACUCUCGAUCCUCAAAAGAACGUCGCCAAGGCAGCUUGCACUCAUGUCUAUGGGUUCCUUCCAUGUGCAGACAAUAUUGGAGGCUAUGUCUUCCAAGUUUUCUCCUUUGGUUGUCUCUUGAUCAUUGGUGACUAUUUCUUGUCUGAAGGAAGAUCAAAACUUUUUGUAAUCUUUGAGGUCGGGUUCUAUGGUGGUAUCGUUUUCCCUCUCCUUACAAUGUUCCCAAGAAUUGCCCUUAUGAUAUCACCAGGACUAGCAGCGACCCACGAAGGUGCUCUCAUGAUUGUGGGGAACAACGUUGGAGUGACUUUUGGACACACAAUAUUUGCUCUGACAAUGCAAUGGGGAGCUUGUGUUGUCUUUGGUUUGACCAGUCCUAAUCCAGAUCCGUCAAUCAGAAGAGGAACAUCCAUCAAGAGAACAACCUCAGAUACAAAAAAUCCAAGAAGGGGGUUUUACAGGACGAAGAUACUGAAAAGUGUUGUUGAAACAAGCGUAGAUGCGGAUCCUAAGAACAAGAAAGCUGCAGGGGUUAUGCUUCUGACUCUAAUUCCAUUUUUCUUGGUGACAUUGCCUGAUUUACUUGAUGCUCAACCUUGGAGUGACAUCAUUAUGCUGAUCACACUCAUAAUCUCAUGUUCUUCAACCAUUAUUUACUUUGUUUACUCGUAUUUUGAUACGGCAGACCAAAGGAAGAGCUUAGAUCAUGCCAAGUUUGAGCUCAUGUCGGAAGUUCAUAAGCAUUUGCAGAGCUUUUCGCCUCAAACACUUAUUAGAGAUGGACAGCUAAGUAAAGAAAGCUUGAAAAGUUUGUUCGAUAAAAUCGAUAGGAACAAAGAUGGAAAGAUUCAAAUCUCAGAGCUCAAAGACUUAACAGUCGAGUUUGGAGUUUUUGGAAAGAUGAAAUGUGACAUUAAUGAGUUUGCAAGCACUUUGCUUGCAGAGUUCGACAAAGACAAAAAUGGCGAAUUAGACGAGAACGAAUUCGAAGAAGGGAUAAUGAAGCUACUGAAUCAAUACAAAUUUGAUAACCAAGAAACUCCAAGACAGAACAAUACAUACAUUUACAGAUCAGCCUCCGAUUCUCUGCAUGUCAAGAACUUGUCGCAGGGCGAGGAAGCUGCAGUUUUAAAACUGGAAAUGCCAAAGAAAACUCUUGUUGCUAAAUUCCUCUCCAUGAGAACCUUAAGAGCUGUGAUUAAAGUCGUCGGAGGGAUGCUAAUUGUAGUCUUUCUUGCAAAACCGUUUAUGGUAAACAUUGGACUCUUAUCGGUUUCAGCUGGAGUUCCUUCUUUCUACACGGUGUUUGCAGUGAUCCCUUUGGUUAGAAACUUAAAGAACACUCUAUCAGCACACUUCUGUCGAAAGAAAGACAAAGCAAGAAUCGCAUCUGAAAAGUUCUCUGAGAUCUACAGGGAUGUUACAAUGAACAAUCUGAUGGGAAUGUCGAUAACAUUGGCGAUUGUAUACUCAAAAGGAUUGAAAUGGGACUACUCAAUAGAAGCUCUUCUUGUUGUGGUAAUAGGCAUGGCAAUUGGUUUACCGGCUUAUGUGAGAUCGACUUAUCCGUUCUGGAUCUGUGUAUUGGCCUUUGCUAUGUAUAUCUUCUCUCUUGUCCUUAUCUAUAUUCAUUUUCAUCUUAGGGGUCAAAGCUAAGCUUUCACCUUUUAGCUAUUAUCAGACUUACAAGUCUUAUCAAUUCCAAAAGUGCUUUUCCAUUUUCAUAUUGUGGAUGAGAGCUUAAUAAAGGCCAUGUUCCUUUGGUUAAA